GCCCACUGCACCAGACUGGAACAUCCCCGCGCAUCCAAGUUCAACAACGUCAACAUCGCUUCCCUCGACUCGGAUAGGAACCUCGAAAUAGAUUCACGACACAGGCGGAACUACCUCGAUUGAGAUACUAUUGCAAUCACAUCGAAGUACUGCAACCUGAGCCCUCAGAUAGACGGUACUCAAGCACUUCAUCUAUCCUCUGCCACCCGUCGUGGUCCCAGUCCUCAAGGUCCUUCGUCCGGCCUGAAACAUCACUUCUACCUCUCAGCCUCGCAGAAUUCCCCUACCACAACUCUUCAAAAUGCACGACAACCGAACCCAUCCCCUCCUCCAACAACUCCCCCUAACCGUCUCUCCCUUCGUCUCCCUCCCCUCCUCCGUCACUUUACCCUACACUUACAAGCCCAUGCCAAGCGCCCUCCCGCCCUCUCCAUCCGGCGUUGGCGUCAACACCCCCAACCAAUCCGAAGGAGGCGACCCAACAGCAUCAGCGUCCUCCAACAACAAACCAAAAUACAUCAUCUCCCCUGCGUCCGGUCACGCCGCCCACCCAGACGACAUCAUCGCCUCAUGUCAAGCUCUACAAGCGCACGUCGCCAAGUUGCAGUCUGACGCCAGCGCGGAGCUGAAGGCUUUCGAGGAGAGAAUCAAGAAAAGGGAGCUGGCUGAGAAGAGACGGGUGGCGCCGGGGUGGUUGGAUAGUGAGGCGAGGUUGUUGGAGCCGGAGCGGAAGGGUGGGAACUCCAGCUCCACCAAAGGAGGGAAUGGUGGAGGGAGUUUGCUGGAUGCGCAAGAUGGUGAGAGUGACGAGCAGCAGGGAGGAAAUGGGGGGAAGGAUGGCAGUAUCGCUGGGUUGACUCAAAGGUUUGGUGGGCAAGGGUUUGGGUUGGGGCACGGAAAUGGGGGUCCAAGUGAGAUGGCGGUGCCAGAUCAAGGCGAGGAGUUGGACAGGGCGUUUGGGGUGGUGGGGAUGGGUCAAAGGUGAUGGUCUGGUUGCAAGUUUUUGGCGAUGUGAGUUUGCGAUUACGGAAAUCCAGUAUCGGUGACACGAUUCUUUCAAACUCUGCACCACUACCUCAUAGCCCGGCGAAGUAUCGUAGCAAAAUAGGUUGGGGAGCGAACAGGUGGCCACAAAGACAUUUGAACAUGGAGAGGCGGAUGUAGUUGACGACCUG